GUUUCGACCACCAAGCAAUCAAAUCUUGUCUACCUCAAUCACACCAUGACCCUUCCGGAACCUCCCUCGGCGAACGUCUGCGAAGAAGACCCCAAGCAACUGCUGGACUGUCGUUUGACUUAUCUAGACCAGAACCUGACAUCGUUACUGCCAGUGAUCAGCGAUCAUGUUGUCUUCGCGCAGGACCACUAUCACCAUAAGUUUCUCUGCUGGCUCACGUGUCUGAGCAACGCUGUCAAGCAGUUUCAGAAGAUCGGUCUUGAGCCUCUGACCGAUACUGGUCUGGAUUACGGUCAGCGUGUGGUGGAAUACAUCGUAUUUGUCCUCCGUGCAUUUUUGAGCACCCAACUCUGCUCCCCCAAGACAUACGAACUUUCCAAAGCAGUCUCUGAGAUAAUCGAUCUGGUCCAGAGCCACCCACGCGAUUUUUUUGAUCCAUGCUACGACGAAUUCAUGCGCGGGAGAGAAAUAUGGCGUGCUGGCGAGGGUUUACUGCUUCUGGUGGCUGUUCUUCUUUGGGACUCAGACUCUUCGUCGGAACGUCAAAAGAUUGCAUUGGAAGAAGCUGUUAAGUACCGUGCUGGAAGGCAGUUGAAACAUGCAGCAGAAGUUUCAAUAGCGAACGCAUACCACUACAAGGGCGAGUCUGAUUCAAUUUCGGACCGUGAUUCCGCUUCCGAUACGACGGCCUACGACAGCGAUACACAAGAACCCCCACCCUCUAUAUUGACCGAGAACAAAGACACAUCUACGGCACCUGAUAAUUUGGACACUUCAAUGACUCAACCGGAAGCAAAGAAAAUUGAAAACAAAGGCGAAUUGCCCAAGCCUCCUUGUUGCCAGCUUCCAUCUAGCUUCACCUUCAACGACUUGACGAAUCGUGUUUCAUGGCCUCGAAGUCUACCCUCCAGUUACCCACCAGUUGACAACCUCACGCUGAAUAAAGAUAAUGUUACCCAAGCCUUGACAUCCUAUACUGCUUUCCACAUCACGCUUCCUCCUGCUGUGACAUAUCGGAAGGCGGAUGUCUCAGACCAGGAGGUUCAUCAAUUGAGUACCGGUGGAUGGUGGGGAUUCUUCAAACAAAAUCCAACCACAGUGAGAGCGAGAUUGAAGUCUCAUGAAUGUAAGUACGUGGACGAAUUGCAAGCUGCGAUAGAACGCUUCGAGCCUUGGCCCGAGACAUUCGACUUGAAGCUUGCUGGGGUCGGGCGGGAGUGUAAGGGCGAGCUGAAAGUAAUCUUCGUGAGAACUUUGAAGUCUGGACUUGAUAUAACAUCUGCCUACAAGCAAGCCAUGUCGGCACCACAACAACAACAUCGUUUUCCACUACAUUGUAGAUCAGGGCCUCCUCCACCACCACCACUACCUGCUCGAGUUACACGCCUAUGGCCUUCAAAUCACCCAAAAAUCGAGCUCUACACUGAGGAAUAUCACAAUAUCGCUUUGCCACACGAUGUCAAAAUCAAAGACCAAGCGGCAGAUAGAUUAUCCAAAUACUGGCUCAAAGCAAGAGGAACGUGAUCAGAAUGUGGACUGAUGGAUUUUUGUCGAAUAUCUUGGAUGGCUGCUCUUUUGUUUUCUCCUUUCUUACUUAAACUUAUAUCAUGAUUCAACAUCAUGUCUGUUAACUGCUAGCAUAACUUCAACGUCACACUUGCAAUCAAAACACCUUUGUUCCUUC